AUGGCUGUUUGUGCCAGGCUCUGUGGCGUGGGGCAGUCUCGGAGGUGCCGGAGGCGACAGCGCAGCAACCAGCCGGACCAGGGCAGCGACUCCGACAUGGACGAGGAGGAAGGGGAGCGGAUCGUGGGCCAGAGGAGAGGCGACGCGGAGAGCGGCGGAGGCCCGGAGCGCUUGGUCGCCACUGCAGGGCCGAGUGACGCUUAUGAAUAUGGCAGUGGCCGUGUCACCGCGGGAGGCUGGCGGGAUCGCACAAGCACGGGACCUCCUCACCCCCAGUCCUUAUCGGAAUUACCGCCGGAGCUUUUAGUGGAAAUAUUCUCCCAGCUACCCGGAAUAGUGCUGCCAAAUGUUGCCCUUGUCUGCAAGAAAUUCAGACAAAUCCUCAACACGGAAACGAUCUGGAGAAGGCGAUGUGUGGAAGAAUUUGGCAUGAAUGAGGAUCUGAGGAAGAUGGAAGCGGGAGGAGUGUCCAGCCAGGACCUCUACGUUAAACGUGUCAACCCACGAGUGAAGUCUGGGCGCUUUAUGAAGCUCCUCCCGGACUACGAGCACAUGGAUUAUAGAGACGUGUACGCACACUUGCUUUACCCUUACAGACACAUCUUGGGGCUUUGGCAGCCUGACAUUGGCCCUUAUGGCGGAUUGCUCAAUGUUGUGGUGGAUGGGCUGUUUAUCAUCGGCUGGAUGUUCCUGCCACCUCAUGACCCCCGUGUGGAGGACCCCAUGAGAAGACGGCCACUGUUCCGCAUCCACUUGUGGGAGAGCAAAAAGGCCACUGUGGAGUGCAUGUAUGGACACAAAGGUCCCCACAAAGGAGACAUACAGACAGUAAAGAAAGAUGAGUUUUCUACUAAAUGCAACCAGACUGAUCAUCAUCGCAUGCCUGGAGGCAGACAAGAGGAAUUCAGGACGUGGUUGGAGGAAGAAUGGGGUCGAACGCUGGAAGAAAUCUUUCACGAACACAUGCAGGAGCUCAUCCUGAUGAAGUUCAUUUACACCAGUCAAUAUGAUAACUGUUUGACGUACCGGAGGAUCUACCUGCCUCCGGCCAUGCCCUCGGACCUGUUGCAUCCGGGCUUAUUCAAAGGCACCUAUGGCAGUCACGGCUUGGAGAUUGUCAUGCUCAGUUUCCACGGAACCUCGGCAAGGGCUACCAAACUCACUGGGGACCCCAAUGUUCCUGCCGGACAGCUCACGUUGGAGGUGGACCUGAGUCGGCCGGUGGUCCUCCCGGAGCUGGACCAACAGCGCAACAUCGAGGAGCUGUCCCGGCUAGUGCUGGGCAUCCACGAGGCCGUGCAGAGGGAGGCCGAGCAGCAGACUGCUGUGGCUCCUGCCCCGGCCAAACCCGCCGCAGAGGGAGCCUGUGGCGGCCCCGGCGAGGACGCCGCGAUGGAGGCGGACCACGGUGCCUGUUCAGACAGCGGUCAGCCCGGCCCGAGCAGCAACAGCCUUUCUGAAGCCCAGCCCUUUGUUCUGCCUCUAGGGGUCAUGGCUCGCAAUGAGGUCUACCCUCGCACCUGCCGAAAAUGCUUCUACGGAACUGGCUUGAUUGCAGGGCACGGCUUCACAAGUCCAGAGCGUACUCCGGGACUCUUUGUUCUGUUCGACGAGGACCGUUUUGGUUUCAUCUGGUUGGAGUUGAAAUCUUUCAGUCUGUACAGUCGCCUGACGGACCAACUGGCUCACGCUCACGCCCCAAAUCUGGAGCGAUUUGAGGCCAUGCUGCGCAACAUGCAGUCAUGGACAUCCUGA